AUAUGCUAUAAAGUCUAAAGCAUGCAUAAUGACCAAAACCUCCCUUAUUCAAUAUAUAUAGCCCAACAACAGAAACUAUCCCGCAACAAUUAGAUUUUCAUUUAACACCCCUGUUAGCUCAAAAGUUGGGUCUGAAAAUGAAAGCAAAUUAAUAUCAAAUCAAGUUGUUUAACAGUUAACACACAUUACGUUUGUGGGCCUCUAAUAUCACAGUACUGGUAGAAGCAUUUAAUUUCCUACAUAUUACUCAAUUUUCUUUCUGUGUAUAUAUAUAUAUAUAUAUAUACAAUCGAGCUGGAAAUAAAUACAAGUACAAAAAAGGAAGAAACUUCACAUUAAACAAGAGCUAUUUUUUGUUGUUGGUGAAUUAUUGAUUUCAAGAAGACAUAAAGGAAGAACAAAAUGGAAGCAAUGAAGGGUUGUCAUGAUAAUAAGGGAUCAAGAAGAUUAGAAGAAGAACAAGAAGAAGAUUGUAACAAAGAUUUAGAAGCUGCAAAGACACGUGGAGUGGUUGCAAAUGAUGUUGUAACAGAAACUGAACUCAACAAAAUCCGUCUUGUGAGAGCUUUUGUUGAAAAACAUGAUCCAUCUUCUAAGGAAGAAGAUGAUUUGAUGAUUAGAAGAUUUCUACGUGCUCGUGAUUUAGAUGUGGAGAAAGCUUCAGCAAUGUUUCUUAAGUACUUGAAAUGGAGACACUCAUUUGUUCCAAAUGGUUCCAUAUCUCCAUCACAGGUUCCUAAUGAAAUUGCAGAUGACAAGGCGUUUUGCCAAGGGCGCGACAAGACUGGUCGACCUAUACUUUUUGUCUUUGGUCGAAAACAUUUUCAAAAGAAAGAUGGUUUGGAUGAAUUCAAAAGGUUUGCAGUCUAUUGUCUUGAGAAAAUGUGUGCAAGCAUGCCACCCGGGGAAGAAAAAUUUGUCGGUAUAGCAGAACUGAAGGGAUGGGGUUACGCGAAUAGUGAUGUACGAGGAUACAUUAAUGCUCUCUCCAUUUUGCAGGAUUACUACCCUGAAAGAUUAGGGAAGUUGUUUAUUCUCCACGCACCAUACAUUUUUAUGAAAGUGUGGAAAAUAAUUUACCCGUUCAUUGACAACAAAACCAAGAAGAAGAUAAUAUUUGUGGAAAACAAUAAGCUGAAAUCAACACUUCUAGAAGAUAUAGACGAAAGUCAGCUACCUGAGAUAUACGGAGGCAAACUGCAAUUAGUCCCCAUCCAGAAUAGUUAAUUAAACUAAUCAGCACUUACAAAUUAAGGAGACCAUAAGAAAAAAUAAUUCAAUAUUUUAAUUGUGUUUCUUUGACUAUUUCCUUUUACCCAUAAUUUAUUGGGUUAUAUAUAUGUCAUAUAAAUAAAAUUAUAGAAAGAUUGGAGUUCUAUUAGACUGAUAGUUCAGUGGUUAUUCCAAAGUAACCAUUGAUGUGUAAUCAGUCGUGGAAUUCUUUGUAAUAUCGGUUGAUAUAUUUAUCUUAUAUAUGAUCAGAAUAAAAUAGUAAAGUUCAUUAUUUGUGGCUCA